UUUGAUUCCCACUAUUAGUAGCUUUAUGUUAUCGUAUGGACUGGCGCUAUUAUUGCCUAUAAAAUACCCAAGGGCCCGGGAUGGCUCAUCUAAGUUCCUAUAUCCACGGUAAGUAACGCUGAACAUGCUGAAGCCGAUCGCCAGCUGCUCCAGCCUAGCAAUCUUGCGACUCUCGCAGAUAUCAUCUAUUCGCAAGAGUGGAGUCAGGUUAUCCUCCUUGCACACCACGCCCGCGAUCCAGAGAGAGGGCUUAGGAGAUUUUGCAUUGACAGAUCGAGUUGCAAUCGUCACCGGAGGCAACCGUGGUCUUGGACUCGAGGCCGCACUAGCGCUCUCUACGGCUGGUUCGCGUGCAGUAUAUUGUUUGGAUCUUCCGGAGAAGCCAGGUGAAGAUUGGAACGCGGCUCAUCAAGCCGUAGCAAAACUUGGGAAUGCAGGACGACUCGAAUAUUUGACUGCUGACGUUCGCGACCAGAACCGACUGCUCAAAACGGUAGAAGAAAUUGCAACAAAGGAGGGAAGGAUGGAUAUUUGCGUCGCAGCAGCAGGCAUUACUGGGGCCGCCAAACAUUGCUUGGAUUAUACGGAAGAAGAUCUCGAAGAGGUGUGUCGUCGUUCUGUAUGUGAUUGCAAGAACAUAGCCCAAUGAGUUCACGAGAGGUUUAUGCUGUAAAUCUCAAAGGGGUAUUCUUCAGUGCUCAAGCUGUCGCAAGGCAAAUGGUUCGGUUCCAGCUACCGGGAAGCAUAAUCCUCCUUGGCUCUAUCGCUGGCAGUGUUGCUAUGAAGGUAACAAUAGUUCCGCUGUUCUCGCUUACAUAUCAUUAGCCCCA